GGGGGACCGCUGGUCACACGGACGAACAAUGUUUCAGACACGCUGUGUAAAAGUAGCAAGAGUAGCGUCCCUUGUUCACUACAAUGUCGGACACAAUGGAUUUCGCUAUGCUACUAUUGUAUUGUAAAAUAAAGGAAAAGAAACGAAAGGCGAGACAAAGAAAGUGGUGGGUCAGACCUUGGAUUGAGCGAAGGAUGGAGCAUGGUGCUUACCAUGCUCUGAUGCAGGAGAUGGCCGCUGAAGACGGGGGAUCAUACCGCAAUUUUGUGCGGAUGGAUCGUCAUCAUUUUGAAUUGCUGCUCACACGAAUUACACCGCACAUCAAAAGGCAGGACAGCAAUAUGCGUGAAUGCAUAUCGCCUGGAGAAAGGCUUGCUGUGACUUUAAGGUUUUUAGCCACAGGAGACAGCUACCAUUCCUUAUCAUUUUUAUAUCGGCUUGGACGAACAACAGUGGGAAAGAUUAUCCCUGAAACCUGCAAAGCGAUAACUGCUGCUCUUAAAGAUCAGUACUUGAAGGUAGGUAAUGAUUGCAACAGGUUUUUACUGAACAGCAGCAAGUGAACAUGUUGAUACAAAUUUGACAGUUAUACUUUCUUUCCUUCAAUCUCACAAGUACUAAUACUAGUUUUAUCUGUAAAAGCAGUCCACAAGGGGCAAAAUAUAAUAUUAUGCAUAGCAUGUUUAGGUAUAUUCUAGUCAGUCACUAUUGGAUGCUCCAGCAGGGAAAAUAAGCCAAGAAUAUCAUCAAGUUACGCUGCACUAGGAACCAGUCUGAAUGACAAGCCACCACUUUUUCAAGUAACCACACAUGCAGUUGCACCACAUUUUGUACUACCUGCAUACCUAACACAGAAAAUCACUACCCAUGUCACACCAAUACUUGCAUGCACCUGGAAACUUUUUAUGCACUUAACACCUACUCUCACACAAAUGCAUAGAACUGCAUACAUUUAAACUCGAUAGAGUAGGCCUGGUGACAGGAGCAACUCUAGUAAUUAUAGAUUAAUUUCACUGUGUGAUGUUAGUAGUAAAGUGUAUGGAUUAUAGUAAAUAGUAGAUUAAAAGAGUGGAUAGAAAAAAUAUCGUCAGACAAUAUCAAGCGCGAUUUAAAAAGUGGUAUUGAACUGUUGAUUUAGAUGGUAGGG